AUGUUUGAGUUGGAGACAUUAGAUCUUUCGUACAAUGAAUUCAUCGGUCUUUCGGAGGACUCUGCGAACACGCUGUGCGAGCUUACGAAUCUAAAGACGUUGAAUUUCUCCCAUAACCUAUUCAACGAGCCCGCCAUGCCAACCAAACAGGACUGCUUCAAUGAACUGAAGACUUUUGAUCUCUCGCACAAUAGCAUCCAGUACCUGACUCCAGAGUUCAUGAAAGAGGUGGACGAUGUAAAUGAACUUAACGGGAAACUGAAGAACGUUUUCCUACACGAAAACCCAUUCCAUUGCGAUUGUGGCCUGCAAGGGACAUGGCAGUGGCUGAAGGAAACCAAAGCCCCUGUCAACAAAGACCAACUACUCUGCUCGUCUUCAUACCAAUCUCUGAACAACGGAAAACGUGUAAUAGAUCUGGAGCUCGGUGAUCUAGUUUGCCAGAAGGCGGUUGUUCAGUCGAACAUUCAAUCCUCCGUCCAAGUUGAGAUUGCUCUUGUUCUUACCAUUAUGCUCCUCGUGUUGGUCGUGAGUAUGAUCGCAUUUGCCUUUGUGCACCGCGAUAAGUUUGGCCUCGUCGCUAGACGCUGGCAAAACAAUAAUCCCGGCCGUGAAGUUUUGGUCCCAUAUACGAUAUUACUCCCUUCAGAAAAGGGCAAGGAUAUAACAAUAUAA